AUGAAAGAAAAAAGAAUGGAGAAAAAGGAAAUCGAACAUGAUGGUACGCAAUCAGAUACAAUUUUUAUUAGAGAUCAUCUACCUGUUGAGUCACCAUCACCUUCAGUCGGAACUAUUCUCAUGCGUUCACCUAAAUUAUUAGCAGAAGUACAUCGUCAGGAAUGUACUGAAUUACCUCGGCAAGAGUGUCCACCAACGACAACCCUUCCCAUGCAUUUAUUACAACAGUAUCGAGAUGAGGAAAAAGUGCCGAUGUUUCUCGUGAAAAUGUGGAAUAUCCUAGAAGAUCCGGAAUUUCAAAACAUAAUAUGCUGGGACAAGAGUGGAUACAGUUUUCAUGUUCUGGAUCCACAUCUGUUUUGCCGAGUAGUCUUGCCGCAGUUUUUCAAGCACAACAAUUUGAAUAGUCUCAUACGCCAACUAAACAUGUAUGGUUUCCGGAAAAUGACGCCAAUUGAGAAGUCAAGUUUGGCACGAUCUGAAAGUGAUCAGGAUCAUUUGGAGUUUUCCCAUCCGAAUUUUAUCCAGCAUCAUCCUGAGUUGUUAGUUAACAUUAAACGUAAAACUCCGGGUAAUCGAAACAAUGAGAAUAACUCAGUGGCUAUGCCUCCAAAAGAAAUAAGUGUCCUUGUGGAUGAGAUACGACAGUUGCGUGAAAAGCAACGAACGAUGGAAAACAAAAUGGCACAUCUUGUAAAGGAAAAUGAAGCAAUGUGGCAACAAGUAUCACAUCUUCGAAAUCAGCAUGUUAAGCAACAGCAUGUUGUCAAUAAAUUGGUCCAGUUUCUAGUAGCACUCGUACAGCCCUCACAAAAACGCCUUGGAAAAAGGAACUUACUGGCAAUUGAUGAAAUUGGUGUCAAACGUGCACGAAUGGCUAGUACUUCUACGCAACUUGGACAGCCAAGUAAUCUUGCUGAAAUUAUUGAUCGAUUGCAUCGUGAAAUCUCCGAUAAUACAAACGGUCAAACGAAGCAAAAUUUAAAUGUAUUUAACUCACACUCGAAUCAGGGUCCAAUUAUUGCGGAUGUUACCGACGAACCGGAAAAUGGUGCUGUUGUAGGACCGACUGCACCGGCAGCGGUGGUUCCUAUGUUAACUGCUGCACAUUUCCAGCCUGCUACUUCAGCUACAUCUCAGGCUCCUACUAAGCCUUCUAUGUCACUCAACCCGAUCUCGUUGUCUCCGUCUUUGGAUAGACAAAUAUCCGAGGAAUUAGCUGAGUAUUUGACUGGACAGGAGCAGACUAUUGACAACUGUCGUGACCUUCUUGGAAACUGCUGGGAUACUAUGCUGACCGAUGAAAUAGAAGAUGAUGAAUCAUUUGAACGGCAACCUCUUAUGCUGGAAGGUGGUGAUCCAAUGUUAGCAUUGAAUGAAGUACCGACCACUCCCGAUUUACUGACACCACUGGCAAGCCCUUCACAUAGCAAUGUGUAA